UCGAUCGAUUACCAAAAACACCGAAUACCCAAAACAGAAAAGCCAAAAAAAUAAAAAUAAAAUUCUAAAAGUAUUUUGUUCAGGAUUCCAAGACACAUUCAUCAAUCGGUAUGCAAUCUGAAUAAUUUCCGUGGGUUAUUCUUCUUCUUGAUCUGAGACAAAUCUGGUGGGAAAGCCCGUUUUGUGUUGUAUACUGUGAUAAACAUGGCUUCAGCAAAUGUAGCUCCUGCAUCUGGUAUUGGAGAACCCGGUGGAAAUACUGCUGGUCUAGAUAGAUUACCAGAUGAGAUGAAUAAUAUAAAGCUUAGGGACGACAAGGAUAUCGAACCAACUUUUGUAGACGGUAACGGGGCAGAAACUGGCCAUAUAAUUGUGUCAACAAUUGGUGGUAAAAAUGGACAGCCGAAGCAGACUGUAAGUUAUAUGGCAGAGCGUAUAGUGGGACAGGGAUCUUUCGGAGUAGUGUUUCAGGCAAAAUGUUUAGAGACGGGUGAAACUGUUGCAAUUAAAAAGGUUCUUCAAGACAAGAGAUACAAGAACCGUGAGCUACAAACCAUGCGUCUCAUAGACCACCCUAAUGUUGUGUCUUUAAAGCACUGCUUCUUUUCAACAACUAAGACUAAGAAGGAUGAGCUUUACCUUAACUUGGUAUUGGAGUAUGUUCCUGAGACUGUUCAUCGGGUGAUUAGACACUAUAGCAAGAUGAAACAGAGAAUGCCAAUGAUAUAUGUGAAAUUGUAUGCUUAUCAGAUUUUUAGAGCACUGGCUUAUAUCCAUGGCAGUAUUGGGGUAUGUCACAGGGACAUUAAACCUCAAAAUGUACUGGUCAAUCCACAUACUCAUCAAUUGAAACUAUGCGACUUUGGAAGUGCGAAAGUCUUGGUUAAAGGAGAGCCAAACAUUUCAUAUAUAUGUUCUAGAUAUUAUCGGGCUCCAGAACUGAUAUUUGGUGCAACGGAAUACACUACCGCCAUUGACAUCUGGUCUGCUGGAUGUGUAUUGGCUGAGUUAUUGCUGGGACAGCCUCUUUUCCCUGGUGAAAAUGGAGUGGAUCAGCUUGUUGAAAUUAUCAAGGUUUUGGGCAGCCCAACAAGGGAGGAGAUAAAAUGUAUGAAUCCCAAUUACACCGAGUUCAAAUUCCCACAAAUUAAAGCACACCCAUGGCACAAGAUAUUUCACAAACGCACGCCUCCAGAAGCUGUGGAUCUUGUGUCAAGGCUUCUGCAAUAUUCUCCCAAUCUACGAAGUUCUGCUUUAGAGGUGUUGAUUCACCCAUUCUUUGAUGAGUUGCGUGAUCCAAACAUUCGCCUGCCAAAUGGACGUUUUCUUCCUCCAUUGUUCAACUUUAAGCAACACGAACUCAAGGGCGCUUCUGUGGAGUUGCUGGGGAAGUUGAUUCCAGAGCAUGCAAAAAAACAAUGUGCAUUCCUUGGUCUGUGAUGUGGUUGAUCAUCAUCUUUGUGUAUAUGCUACUAACUGAGGAAAAUGAGUCAAUAACUUUUUUUAAUUACAAUAUAUUCCUAUUUAUUGUAUUUGGUUUUAGCUGUGGAGUAAGAAAGUUGCAAGGUUGUAACCAUUUUUUGUAAUGACUAUUGUUGAACAGGAGCUCAAUUUUCUCCCUUUCUGGUGUAAUAUUUGUUUACCGUUGUAAUGUAAUAUAAAACGAGAAUUCGUUUUGGUUUUACUGUUUAA